AUGCCCCGGGCCCCGCCGCAAGUUGUGCACGCGUCGUGCAACUUAUACCAGGCAGUGUUUAGCGAACGUUUCACGGAUAUCCUUACCGGUGUGGACUGUCGCGACUUGAGCACUCGUGCACUCAGAGUGCUCGGCCGUGACUCUCCUGAGCAUCAACAAUACGUGCGCCAGCUGAUCAUCAACGGCGUCGUCGCGCGGGCAAUGGGCGCCAGGCCCACCGCCGAGUCUACACUGAUCCCGCCAGCAACACGAGCACAGACCUUACAGGCUAAUGGCACACAGGUGUGGGUCCGUUUCCAGGCAACAUCGGACAGUUCGUUCCCGCGGUGCCGCCAUGCCUAUGUGCUCCGCCAGCUUCCGCCAACGUUUUUCAGUGGGUUACAUGCCACUUUGGAGCUCUCGAAGAAGGUCAUCCACAACGCGAGUGAAGGGACUGGGAUGGAUGCCAGACAUCACAACGCAUUCUCCGUAUUAAUACGACUAUGGGGAAUUGAUCUACCUUACGUGUUAUCCUCUGCGUCAGACGCAAACGAUGUGCCCUACGCACCCUCACCAUCAGUGUCCGGCACUGCGUCAGAUGCAUGUCUGUCGGAGCUUCUUACGAGUGAAGCACAAGCUGCGAUGCUAUUGGUGUCUGUUACAGCGUCGUAUGCGUAUCCAUCGGGACUUCUUGCGCCUGGCGCACAAGUACCAUUGGUGUCUGACACUGCGUCGUAUGCGCGUCCAUCGGCACUUCUUGCGCCUGGCGUACAUGCCACAAUGCCACCCGUGUCUGACGCGGUGUCAUAUGCGUGUAUAUCGCCUCCAAAUGCGCCUCGCGUCUUGACCUUUGCGACCCCUGCUCCGAGCCAUUAUCAUGCCGACGCGAUUGUCUACGCGUGGUGCAUUUGGUCGACGUCGUCUCGCCUUCUUCAGUGGGAAGUGCGAGCGUUCGCUGAGGUUCAAGUGCACAAUGUCAUGGAAGCCCAGGGUCUUCUAGCCUGUCUACAAUGGCUCAAGUCCACUUUCCCCAUCGGAAUGUUUCACGUGUUUGGCGACUCGAGUCUCAUCGUUCAUCAGGCCCGGGAGGACGUCUUCCUGCGCCUCAAGGCGGUGGCUGCACGCUUUGAUGUGUCUUUCCCGACAGACGUUGCCUUUCUCACGGCCAGAUCGGGUCCGCUGUCUGUACCAGUGGUGGAUGCGAGCAUUCAGGACGCCCUUAUUGCCGACCCAGAGCUUGACACGCUCCAGGCUGACCCUGGGUUUCACUCAAGUUCCUUUGCCCUAGUAGCAAAGAAGGACAAACCUCUUCAUGUGGACGGUCGGAUCAUCCACGAUUUAUCUGCCCCCUUAGGCCGCUCCAUCAAUGACCACACCGAUUCGUCAGCUUCUCCAGAUGCAACUUGGGACCCGUUUGUCUCAAUCGCGCUUCGUAUUUGCGACCUCCUUCGCCGACACCCAGGGUGUGCCAUCUAUGCCAUGGUUGCGGAUAUCGCUGAUGCCUUCCAUCAUGUACCAGUUCAUGCUCGUCAUGCAUCAGCUUUUGGGGGGAAACUACCCCGCUCUACCCAUGGCAUUGUUUCCGGCAUGGCUGUGUUCGGCUGGCACGAAGGCAAGUUCAUGACCUGGGCGUAUGUAUUCCAUGCAGUGGGCAUCGCCUGGAACAUUCCAGACGAAACCAUUACUAUUCCUCAGAGGAAGAUGAUGAAGUUGCGCAGGGUGAUCGAAGCUGGACAGUCUGGUGGGAGUUCUACGCCCAUGAUCAGCUUCAUCCCAGCUACAAAGCCAUUCAUUCAGCGACUGGAAGCGCUUCAGAACCGUUGUCGUAAGCGACACAGGGCAGGUGUCCCAAUGACGGAGCUCCUUCAGAAGGAUUUGUUGGUACAAGCACACCAACAUAGCAUCGUGGUGACCAGCACGACUUUUGAAGAGCGGCUAGUGCUCGCUCAUAGUGACCAGCUCGAAGCUGACGACGCUGUUGGCAUGGCCCUCGCGAGAGUAGCACACUUGGGAGCUACGUCAGUGCGCUACACAAAGCGACGACAACGAAUCGAAGAGAAAAACCAGCAGCUCAAACGAGUAUCCGUGGCGGAAGGAACGCUUGGCCGUUACAACAGGAAUUUCAAGUUCUGGGAGUCGUUCUGCGGCGACUUUGGAUUCCUCGCGGUUUGGAACGCCAAAUUUGAUUACCAUGAUCCGGAAUUUGAGCUUACUGCUCAAGGAUACAAACGUACGAACAGUCAGGUGGACCGGAAGCAGCCAGUUACUACAUCAGUGUUGCUCAAGAUGUGGGAGAUCCUAAGCACUUUGGACCCGCGUGGACGGCUUCUCUGGGGAUCAAUCAUCUUGAGCUUCUUCUUCCUAGACAGAUGCUCAGAGCUUUGGAAUUCAGUGACCGUCGACCGAUCUGCCGGGAAGGACGGGAUUCAUUACGUCAAGGCAAAUAACAUCAUCGUAAGGGACAAGCAAGUGAUCACCGAAGGAGGAAACCGCACUAUCCAUCGAUACAGCUCUUCCUAUCUACGGCGCCCACUGCACGUGCAUCUUAUCCGUACAGCGGGCGUCGUAGCUCCACUGCGUGAUCACAUAAAGGUCGUAAUGGUUGGCAACCUUCGCGAAUACCACCAAUGGAAAUGGAGCGAACGCAAGCUCUUAUCCGUCCUUGGUGUAUACAACAUUUGCAAAGCACACAAGCCAGUCAAGAUGCUCGAGGAGAGCUUAGUCCUCGCAGCGACCGCUCUGAACCUCAUCCUCGUCGAGGACGCUGCUGUGCUCUUCGCCAGAUCUCCUAUUCCACGACCAGUCCUCACACUGAAGGGCAACUUCAAUUUCAACGCAUUAAGCGACGGAGACUGUCGUUUUAAUUUCCGAUUCUGGAAGCGUGACGUAAUUCGGCUGCACAAGGCGCUGCGGCUUGAGAAAGACUACAAGCUACCGAGCCGCCUUCGCGUUGGUGAAGUCGAGGGGCUCUGUGCGUUGCUGCGCCGGCUCGCGUACCCUGGACGGUACGGGGAUCUUGCUGUGAUGUUCGGCAGGUCGCCCAGUGCGCUGUGCCUGAUCUUUCGCUUCAUGGUGGACCUAAUCUACGCUAAGUGCAGCAAGCUUCUUGCACACGGCAGUCCUAUCGACAGGUGUAUCGGCUUCAUUGAUAGCACGAUCGACGCCGUUCGGAGUGUGUGGACAAGCGGCGUAGUUUUUGCCAGCUGGGAGCCAUUUGACAUCGGAGCCCAGCUCUGUUGCGGCAAAAAGCGGGAUCCGCGUCAAGUCUCCAAGCAGCAGAGCGUCAGCCGAUGGAUAGUCGCUCGACAGCGAUCCAACCGAACCUGCGUGGAAGACGCCCGUCCAUCCAGGAUCGUCGACACGGGCGUCUGUCAGCGCACUGACUCAGUGCGCUGUGCCACUGAGCCAGCACCACAGUAUCCGGUGGCCACACGAAGCCGCCGUCUGCUUGGCAGCGUGGAAUCUGCGCAAGAGAGCAAGCCGGCGCUUGGAGUUCCGCCCUGUGAUGAGAGCGCCACCCGCUUUUUCAGGCAAAGCCCAGCCGCGUCUCGUCACAUUCAGCGCCCGAUCUCUACGACGCUGAUGCCCGGCCAAUUCGUUGACGUGGUCGCCGUCACCGUCGCGUCCCCGACGACGCUUGCCCCCACUCUCAAGGAGCCAUUGGCGGUGCCUGUGCCCAUACGCGGGUGCCGAUCUCAGUCGCUGUCCACACUGCCGCGCCGCGCCUCCACGGCUAGUGUUCUUACGGUGGAGAACAACCAAUCGGAUACCUUUACCGAGGAGGAAGAGCUCGAAUUCCAGAGCCAACAGCACGCCCGGCACGCGCGACGUGCACUCAGUUCGGGUGCCGGCAGCUCGCUCAGUCUACUACAACAAGAACUUGGCUACCCGCGCCGUGCCCGAGUGACGGGUCGCCACCGGCAUCGACGUGGCUCUUUGCUGGAGAACACAACCAGCAAGAGAAUACACAGCGCAAGUCAUGACAGCAGCCACGAGAUUCACAGCAACUGCAGCAGUUCAGGUAGUGUGGCCAGCUCCAGCGACCUGCAACGAACACAGUCUGUACCCGAGCCGGAAGGAGAGAACCAGAUAAACCAGCUUCACUACCAUGGUCGCAGCUGGACAUUCAACGCAGUCACGUGUUCGCCACGCAGCGAUGCAACAGGUGCACAGAUUGAGGAAGAGGAAGACGAGAACUUUAUGAACUACCGUAGUGCAUCCGUCACAGGAUACAGCCGCGACACCGACGGCGUCGUUUACUAUGAAGUGAUCGUGCGCUCUACCGCACAUGGCCCGCUAUCGGCCUACAAGGUGCGACGUCGCUACUCCGAGUUCCGAGACUUACACGCAGCAUUGAGCAAAGUCAUGCCGGUAUCACACCGAAAACUAGCGUCCGUCACGGCCAUGGCCAGUAUCAGUGACGAAAACAACGAAGACGAGGACGCAGCUGUAGGUCUCCGCUUCUCUGUCACAGACUGUGGCGAAGACAGAGAGACAGCGUUACCCCCACUACCCGACAAGGGCGGCGUGUGGAGCUACCUGCAAUUCGACAGUAUCCCUCUUCUAGAACGACGAGCUAAGUACUUCCACGCUAUGCUGGCGGCCGCACAACGACACCCCGCUGCCCGUGCUAGUCGCCUACUCAACGACUUUGUCGGUACACCACCCGACCUCGUGUCCUUGCACUCGAGUGUGGAGAACAGCUACGUGAGCUUAAACCGCUUCGCCGCACCCAAACUGAGUUUCGAUAUCGAGAUCCAGGAGAGAAAAGAGAAGGCCAAGAGCAUCCGGAGACGCCGAAGUUCCCUCAAACGCCAAAGCUUCACCGGUUCACUUGACGCCAGUUUCAACAGCCCGCGCCCAUCGCAGUAA